AAGCAUAACUGAAAUAAAAACUAAAAGUAUAUAUAAAAAAGUUCUAUAAUGUAUAUAUUAUUUAAAAGUAAACAUGUUUUGUAAUUUGUCUGAAAGUGAAAUGAAUUUCUGAGACGGCGGUCGCGGCAGCCAUUUAAGAAUUUUCGUUAGUCUGAUUCGUCGUGUUUUUGUACAGGGAGCUGCGGCAGAGGGCAGCGAACUGCUACCAAAGCUUCAAUAUUGAUGGUGGCGGCAUCGAGCUUGAGAACAAGUGUGUUGUGCGAUAAAAUAAUUCAGCUAGUGGGGAGUGGUGUCAUUUGUUGUUAUACUGUAGUGGAGUGAAAAAAUGGAGUAGAAAAGUACGUGCGAAUAAUAAUAUUACAAUAAAUAAAUAUUUAGUUAAUUCCAAUAAUAUCAAAAGUGCGAAAAAAAUACCUAUGUAAAAUAUGUUUUAAUCAAAUUUUAAAAUGUUUGCAUUUUCGAACAACUUUUUAUAAAAAACAAACGAUUCCAACAUAUGGUAACAAGGUUUAGUGCGCUUAAACUUUGGCAAUUAAUUUUUAAUAAAAUUAUUAUAUUAUGCAUUUUGUGGGCAUGCGUUGUCUUCAACAUCCAUAGUUUACGGCGGAUAAUCAGUGCGGAGGAAAGUGUUGUAUUGUGCCAAGUCUUAUCAAAUUUAAUAACAAGAGGGUACUAAUUCUGUUUUGGAUUGAGAGAACAUUAUUUUCUUAUUAGUUUGUUACAUUUGCAUAUUUUAGGAUAAUUUGGAUACAAAAUAAACAAAUAAAAAGUGUUGAACACUUGAAAAGCAAACAAACAAACAUACAAACAAACAAACAUAUAAACAAACAAACCGAUAAGCAAGUACACGUUAAAAUAAACAUAAAUAAACAUAAAUAUAAGUAUGAAAAAAUGUUUGCAAUCGCAUGGUUGCAUUUGAAAAAUGAAUACUGAACAUGCAACAGCAACUCCUGGUGAGUCAGCGACAGCAACAGCCACUGCAACAACAAACCGAAAUGAAUCUAAUCAACAACAGCAGCAACAACAACAACAGCAGCAGCAACAAAAUCAGCACUCUCCCCAACAAUUGCAACAACAACAGCAGCAGCCACAACAACAACAACAACAAAUUGAACAUUCACGACAUACACAGCAACAACAACCGCAUCAGUUAAAUGAGUUAGGUAAAUACUGGGUAGUUACGAAUUUGUUUCAAAAUCCUGGACAAGCUGCACCGUAUAACAUUGGCGUUACUCAUGCACCUCCAUCAACUGUAGUUCCACCAACAUUAUCUCAGUCAAUACCGGCAGACAUUAAACCAGUUACAACACCAUCGGCAGUAACAACAAGUGCAAAAGUUGCUACUAGUAGCAUUGACGCUGCAACGCUACAAAUUCCGCAACCUAUGUUGACAAAUGCAGUUAUUGGUCAGCAAUUGCCAAAUGGUGCUAUCCUAGCUGCACAACAGCAACAUCCAAACGCCAGAGAUCAGCAACAACAAUUACACGUACAUACACUAAAUACCAAUGAUGACAAUCGCCAACAUGUAACGCAACAGCAACAACAGCAACACGUUACUCUACAACAGGAUAUGAUUAAAGAAGAAAAGCCUUUUGCUAAUGGUAAAAUAAAUCAACAUAUAAUUAUGCAACACGUUACAGCUGCGUCGUCGCCUAUAAGAGCGGGUGCAGGGACAACUAUUACGCUUGGUGCUCCUAAAACAGAAAUAAAAGAUGAUGUUAUGGGUAAACCACCACCUGGCAUCGAAAUGUAUAAGGUUAAUAUAGAGGACAUAUCACAGUUAUUCACGUAUCAUGAAGUAUUUGGUAAAAUUCAUGGUGAUAUAAAUCCACAGUUAACUACACACGCUAUACCCGGGCAAACAGUAGGUACAUCACAUAAUGCUGCUAACAAUGCUGCGGUUGCAGCUGUUGUAGCAAGUGCUAAUGCUACAGCAGCAGCCAACGCUAAUGCAAAUGCUGGUGCUGUUACGACAACAUCUAAUUUAACAACGACUAUAAGCACAGGUAGUACAACUGCGCCAGCUGGUGCAACCAUAACUACCACCACUACUGGACUUCUAAUGCCUAAAAUGGAGGGUGGCAUACCACUUAUAGAUCAAACAGCUAGUAUUACUUUGGCACCUGAUGGUACGCCUAUUGCCACCGGUAAUCAUGUUUGCGAUAUAUGCGGUAAAAUGUUUCAAUUUCGUUAUCAAUUAAUUGUGCAUCGACGCUAUCACAGCGAACGCAAGCCUUUUAAUUGUCAAGUAUGUGGUCAAGGGUUUACUACAUCUCAGGAUCUUACACGUCAUGGUAAAAUUCAUAUCGGUGGACCUAUGUUCACAUGUCUUGUUUGCUUUAAUGUAUUUGCUAAUAAUGCCAGUUUGGAGCGGCAUAUGAAACGCCAUUCAACUGACAAGCCUUUCGCUUGUACAAUAUGUCAAAAAACGUUUGCACGUAAAGAACAUUUGGAUAAUCACUUUCGAUCGCAUACUGGAGAAACACCUUUUCGCUGUCAAUAUUGCGCUAAAACAUUUACACGAAAAGAGCAUAUGGUUAAUCAUGUUCGAAAGCAUACGGGUGAAACUCCACAUCGUUGCGAUAUUUGUAAAAAGUCAUUUACGCGCAAGGAACAUUACGUUAAUCACUAUAUGUGGCAUACUGGUCAAACUCCUCAUCAAUGUGAUGUAUGUGGCAAGAAAUACACACGUAAGGAGCAUUUGGCUAAUCAUAUACGUUCUCAUACCAAUGAUACACCAUUUCGUUGUGAAAUUUGUGGUAAAAGUUUUAGCAGAAAAGAACAUUUUACUAAUCACAUCCUAUGGCACACCGGUGAAACACCUCAUCGCUGUGAUUUCUGUUCAAAGACCUUUACACGUAAGGAGCAUUUGUUGAAUCAUGUACGUCAACAUACUGGUGAAUCACCGCAUCGUUGCACCUAUUGUUUAAAAACUUUUACGCGUAAGGAACAUCUCGUUAACCAUAUACGUCAACAUACCGGUGAGACACCGUUUAAGUGCACUUAUUGCACAAAAGCGUUCACUCGCAAAGAUCAUAUGGUCAAUCAUAUCCGUCAGCAUACAGGCGAAUCACCUCACAAGUGCACCUAUUGUACCAAAACUUUUACUCGAAAAGAACAUCUUACGAACCAUGUACGACAGCACACGGGCGAAUCGCCGCAUAAAUGUACAUACUGCAGUAAAACAUUUACUCGGAAAGAACAUCUUACGAAUCAUAUACGCUUGCAUACUGGCGAUUCACCGCACAAGUGCGAAUAUUGCCAGAAAACUUUUACACGUAAAGAACAUUUGAACAAUCAUAUGCGGCAACAUUCUAGUGACAAUCCACACUGCUGCAAUGUGUGUAAUAAACCAUUUACGCGUAAGGAACAUCUUAUUAAUCAUAUGUCACGGUGUCACACUGGUGAUCGACCAUUUGCUUGUGAAACUUGCGGCAAAUCAUUUCCUCUUAAAGGAAAUUUGCUAUUUCAUCAACGGAGUCAUACAAAAGGUCAAGAAUGCGAAAGACCUUUUGCAUGUGAAAAAUGCCCUAAGAACUUCAUAUGCAAAGGUCAUCUUGUUUCACAUAUGCGUUCACAUUCUGGUGUUAAGCCACAUGCGUGCACAUUAUGUAGUAAAGCUUUUGUUGAACGUGGAAAUUUAAAGCGUCAUAUGAAAAUGAACCAUCCAGAUGCAGUUAUGCCACCACCACCUGUGCCACAUCCUCAAAUACCUGCGGGUAUAUUAACGCAAGUUAAGCAAGAAAUAAAACCUAUUCUGAUUCCUCAUCAAACACCAACUAUGCAUACCAUACAACAAAUAACUUCUGGUGCUUCUGGAGCAAAUGCUGUGCAAUUGGUACCUGAACUAGUACCUUUAGUUACCUCAACAAUAACAUCGCAUAAUAGUCAAAAACAACAGCAGCAGCAACAACAACCACUUCCACAGCACCAACAGCAUCAGCAACAAGUACAACAACAGCAGCAGCAACAACAACAACAACAGCAACAGCAGCAGCAGCAACAACAACAACAGCAGCAGCAACAGCAGUUACAACAGCAACAUCAGUUAUUACAGUUAUCAAUACAACAAGCAGCACAUCAUCAACAACAAGAACAGCAUCGCCAGCAACAGCAACAACAACAACAGCAGCAGCAACAACAACAGCAAACACAUCAUCAGCAACAACAGAAUCAAGCUGCUCAACAACAACAACAACCACAAACAACGCAUUUACAACCUCAACAACAGCAACAAUCAACACAGCCUGUGCCAAUUGCUUUAAUACAGGCUGAUCCAAGUGCCCUUGCUCGUGCUGCAAUGCAAUUACACUUACCAGGCAAUGUUGAACAACAUCCUGUUGUUUACUAACAACAGCAGAAUUUUACAACGCAUUGGUGAGCCGCAAUCAAACAAAAAACGACAACUUUUAUUUUAAAAGUUAUAAUUACUGUAAUUACGCGUUUUAUAAACAAAAUAUUUAUAAUAAUUUUUACGUUCAACAUUAGCAGUACCUUUUUAAAAUGAACUGAAUGAUAAUUCAUAUUUUAGGAAUGAUAAACAUUCAUUUUAUUUAAAAGAUGAAUUAUAAAAAGAUGAUAAUCGUUAA